GUGGGCUCUUGACUCCUUUCAGUCACAUUACCUUCUAUUUGGGAAGCAUUCUCUGGUCAAUGGCAGCCUUUUCUGUAAUUUUGUAAUUAUUUAGACAUUUUAAAUGCCAUCUACUUUCUUAAGAACUGUGGAAGUGUUACAAGAUAUAAGAAAAAGUUAUAGAAAUGGAUAACUUUGUUGAAGAACUGCAACAAGAAACAAGGUGGCUACCCACAGAAGAAACAGAGGAUGAGUCUGCGACCAAUGAUCUGGUUCCAGGAAUUUAUUUGCCUUUACUGCCAAAACAUUUUAACCACCCGACAAAUAUGGCUGUGAAAUCUUCAGAAUUCCAAAAGGUGAAAGAGGAUUGUUUAUGCUGUAUCCAAGAUGCUCUCUUACAAAGUCAGUGGCAGAGGGCUGCAGAAUUAAUGAUAAGCUACUUGGAAAUACUGGAAAAUACAUCUUCAGAAAAAAGGGUGCCAUCUCAAGAGGAGAUCUGGAGAAUAGGAACUGAAAUCUUGCAGCAGCAUCCCAGGAGUAAUAUAGAUGAGAUCAACUAUUUUGCAGAUCGGAUGAAAAGUUUAGGUGUCAAAAGAUAUUUAAAGAUUUCUUUAGAGCAUGCCUUCCACCUUUUGUGCAGCGGAUUUGUGGACGAAGCCUAUCAGAACUUGAUCUUGACUGAAAGUUGGCGAUAUGGAGAAGAAACUGUUGCUCAGGAAAAAGAGCUGAAGCUUGUUCAAGCUUAUAAGGGGUUGAUAGACUAUUAUAUGUGGUUAAAAAAGAAGACGGACCUUUUGGAGCUGGAUGAAGACAGUUGUACACAAACUUCUCUUCAGCAGGAAAUGCAACGCUUGUACCAGCAGGCUAAAGUCAGCCUCAGGGAAAUAAUCAGAAUCCCUGGAGUUUGGGAUCCUUUCGUGAUUUGUUAUGUGGAUUUGCUGGAACAUUACGAGGAGUAUGAAGAAGCACGAGAAGUGUUAAGUGACUAUGCGUAUAAUUCCAAGUUCCCUUCCAACCCUAAUGCUCAUGUUUACUACUACCAGUUCCUAAAGAGAAGGAGGGAAUCAAGGAAAGCACAGAUCUCUGCACUGCAGAUCCUGCAUGAGCUUGUUCCUUCCCAUGAACUAAUGCUGGAAUUUUACAACCUGCUUAAAAAAUCAAAAAAAAGAAAAAAACAUAAAUUACAGCUGAAAGUUAUUUUUGCAGUCCUGGAUUUUGCUGUAUGGAAGGAAAAUGUAAAAGCUUGGAGUUAUUUGGCAAAACAGACUGUAGAAAUUCUGCAAAACUCUGAUAAGCAAUUUCACUGGCUCAAAAAGGAGUGGGAUAUUCGAAAGCACUGGUGGCCAGCUUUUCAUUUCAGUCUUUACUUGGCAAAAAGAAACUGGCAAGAAAACAAAAAACUCACUUGUGAAAAAGUUCUGAUAGCUGGCAUACUAUUGGGAAAAGAUUGCAAGUACUUUAAAUAUGUCUCCAAAGAAGGUUGUAAAGUUCAGAAGAAGAAAUUCCGACAAUUGAAGAAAUUUGUGAAAGAACACAGCUGGGUCAGUUUAAGAUUGGCUGAUACGUGACUGCUUAGUAUCAAAUCUCUUGAUUUUUCAAGGGUGUUAGAUGAUUUUGAUGUCCUGUAUAAAACAAGUCAUCCUGACAAACAAUUGUUGUAAAAUUCAGGUAGUUCUUGAGAUCUGACUGGUCACCUAAUGGCUGUUUGAUGUUACAACCCCCUCCCCCCAAGCUACUUAUGAUCCAAUUUUGAAAUAUGGCUGCUGCAGCAUGCCUUACAACAGGCCACAGGGAUGCUCCCCUUUGGCCUGCCCCACUGGCACCCCACAGUGCUUGGUCUACUCCCCAUGCCUCCUGGAAGCACCUGCCAUUUUCCAUAUACUGACAGUUCCUUGUGGAAAUGGCAGCUGCUUUCAGAGCAUUCUGCCCUGAUCAGCUGAUUGUUGGGAUACUGCAAAGCUUUAGGAUUAUCUUCCCAAAACUGUUCCCUUGCUUAAUUCCCUCCGUCCCUCCAGAAACCCACAUUUGUUCAAUAAAACAAAGAAAGCAAGAGAGGCAGACUUGUUAUCUUUCUUCCCCCUUCCAUUAGGUGCUGAAACUAAACUCUCUGCCUCUGCAUUUCAAUCUUGAUCUUUUAACCCAUUUCAUUUGCUAAAUUUACUGCCACCUUACCUUGAGUGAUUGCCGGGCUGAAGAACAGAGUUAAGGAAGGAAGCGAGCAAAGAAAAUCUGGAGCUCAGCUCAAAAGGUUCAGGCAUUUAGAGCACAACAGGUGUAGCAAAUGGCCAGCCACAGCAGAAGCUGGGUCAUUGGAAAGCUUUUUUGCUGCAUUUCUGACUCCCUUUCCAGGAGUCCUAGCUGGAAAUCGGACUAGCAGGGAAAACCCUUUUGGAAAGCUGUUGCUACUUGUCUGAUUCUAGGUUCAUCACCUAAUUGGAGGAAGGCCUUUUAACUCUCACUUUUUUUCUGUUUUAUUUUUUAAAAAUUGAAGAAAUGUGGGCUUCAGGGGAGAGGGAGAGAGUUAAGCAAGGGAAAGAUUUGUGGAAGAUCAUCCGGAAGCUGCCUCCAUUGUAUGCAGGUGGAUGGCUUCCUCAAAGCCUAGCAACAGCCAGGAGAGGUUUGCAGUAUCCCACGACCAGCUAACUGGAGUAGAGGCUUAGCCCACCAUCCAUGCACAGAGGCUUGUAUGGAAGCUUCUCUGGCAUUAGAAUGUGGUGUUGGGCCCUAAUCUAGCUGGACUGUUCCGCCCUGCUGAGCUGUUUUGGCUUUGCAAAACUUUUUGCUGCUGGUCUGCUCCACUUAACAACGCACACAUUCGUUUAACAGCAUCAGAGAGAGCAGGGAUGGGGGGUUGUUAAGCAAGGUUGUUUUGUUUAAGGGCCAUCCCCAUUUGUGACCAUAAUGGGCAGGCUCCAUUAUGGACAUAGGUUGAAGACGGCUUGUAUGCCUACUGUAUGUAUAAGAAUUGUAUUUUUUUUACAAAGUUUCUAUAAAAAAUCUUUUUGUAU